UUUCACGUCACAACAAUAUUCUACAUCAAUCGUUCUGUUGGAAUUCAGCGUGCGGCCGCGGUUUCACAUCUGCGCUUCUCUAUUGUUCACUCAGGUAGGAUUGGAUUUGAGCACAAACGCAUACCUCAACAAGAAUGGCUAUCUCAGUCGUCAAGAUCGGAAUUUCAUUGAAAAUGCUACCAAAUAACAGUGCCGUAUUCUUCAAAUCGGACGGUGGGAGAUUUGGCCAAACCAGGACGAUUAAAUUGCAAACGGGGUCAAAGUACAAGAUUGAAGUGGUUGUCAAACCUGGGGCUGCAGAGGCAACCACUAUGAGUGUAGGCGGAGUCAUCUUCCCCUUGGAGCAGAAGUCUAGAGACCCCCAGUCUGUAGUCUACACUGGCAUCUACAACACAGAGGGCAUGACUCACACCAAGAGUGGAGACAGACAAGCUGUACAGAUCAGCUUGCAGUUCCCAGAGGUGGGCUCUUUUGAAGUGGUGUGGCAGGUGAAGUACUACAACUACAACAAGAGGGACCACUGCCAGGGGGGCAACAUUUUCAACAGCAUCGAGUACGAGUGCAAACCCAACGAGACACGCAGCCUGAUGUGGGUCAACAAGGAGCUGUUCGUCUGAUGGACCAACCAACACAGACAGCAUCAGGGUUGUGUUCAUUAGGCACCAAAACGGAAGUUAACGUAGUGAAACUGGGCAGUACUACCUAAAAUUACAAAAGCUGAAGAACAUACGAACUUCCAGGUGUAGGCAAACUCAAGGAAAACAGAAAGGAAAACGCCUCACCUGAAAUUAGCCAAUAAAAAUGGCUGUUUUAGUUUUCCGUUGCAAAAUGUUUUGCUACGGUGUGCCCUAAUGAACACGACCCUGAUGUCACUGAAAUGAGAGAUGGAUGACAAUCAGCUGCUGUGUGUUUCAGCUGUAGCCAGCGUACAACCCCUCAAAGUGGAUCAUUUGCUGACUACUAGUGAAACUGUUAACCCAAACAUCUUUUCCUCAGAGUCUGUUGUGGCAUAAUGUUCACCCUCAGGUGUAUUCUGUUCCAUGGAGUGCUUGUGUGUGUGUUAUCUAUUUAUAUCUAUGAAGGCAGUGUGUUAAUAUGGAUGUGUAGAUGUUAUGUGUGUGUGUGUGUGUGUGUGUGUGUGUGUGUGUGUGUGUGUGUGUGUGUGUGUGUGUGUGUGUGUGUGUGUGUGUGUGUGUGUGUGUGUGUGUGUGUGUGUGUGGAUCUAUGCAUAUCCAUGAAGGCAGUAUGUUAAUAUGUACACUGUAUGUGCAGACGAUGCGUGUGUUAUAGUACUGUAAUGAGCAGUCAGUGGUUUUUAAUUUUUUUAAAUUGUCUUAGCUUUUUUUGUUCAAUUAAAAUGUUGUCCCAUGUGUCGUUUUCCCAUGUGUCGACAGAGUACAAGUAGUAUAGGACAUCUGUAGAAGUGAGUGUUUACAUUUAGAAGAUUUUACAAAAUAUUUGGACAAAUCCAUGAAAUUAUCUUAUUUUUGAAUUGGGCUGAUUUUGACUAAUCAAAAAUCGAUCCUCAGAAUAUCAUAUUUCUGUAACAAGCUGUUAGCCAGCACUUAUCUUAUUUCUAUCUUUAUUUUUGUCAAAUUAAAAGUGUUAUUAUAUUAGUUGGGAAAACACUAUCAAUACUGAACAACAAUAUAAACGCAACAUGUAAAGUGUGAGAUCCAUAGAUUAGGGCCAGAUUAGGGCCAGAUUAGGGCCAGAUUUGGGCCAGAUUAGGGCCAGAUUUGGGCCAAACUGCAACUCAGUUAAAUCUUUGAAAUUGUUGCAUGUUGAAUUUAUUUUGUUGUUCAAUAUAUAUAUUUUUAAACAAUAUAAUUUACUAUGAGAUAUGUAGCAAAAAUGCAACAAAAUGUUGUUUAGUUAUCAGAGCACCGUGCAAUGUUACAACAUCUUUAAUAGAUUGUGGAUAUGUUUUUAAUCUAAGUCAUUGUAGCUUUAACAUUUUGUGGAGGUAUUUGAAUAGUAAAUAUAUUUGGGAAGACA